ACAUUUUUCCUAGAAACAGUAACAGUGUCAUCAGAAUGAACCAUACAACAACCAGAAAACAACAGAGAAAAAACUACAGCAGUAGAUGAAGAUUUCGACUUCACCGACUAUGCAAAGCUUGUGGCUGCAGAAAUGGUACAGCAACUAGAAAACAACCAGGAAGAAGAAGAGGAAGUGGACAACACAGAAAUGAUGAUCAUCAAUGACAAACGACAUGAAACAAUAGAGAAGGGGCAAAUUUACAAGGACAAAGAAACAUUGAUAAGUACACUAUGCUACUUUGCAAUCAAGAAGACAUUUCAAUACAAAGUAGUGAAAUCUUGCACAAAAGAAUACAACAUAGUGUGUUUGGACACAAACUGCAAAUGGAGUUUAAAGGCUACAAAAAAUGGAAACACAGAAACAUUCAUAAUAAGGAGCUACGAAGAAGAACACACAUGUGCAGUUACAAUAAGAUUUGGAGAUCAACGACAAGCUACAUCAAAGUUGAUAGCAGAUUUUGUAAAACCAAAAUUCUUGAACCUGAAAACAAAGUGCAGCCCUGCAGACAUAAAGACAGAAAUGAAAGACAAAUACGGAAUAAAGAUGAAUUACAUGAAAGCAUGGCGUAGUAAAGAGCGAGCACAAACCCAGCUACAUGGAAAUGCUAAAGAGUCGUACAAUCUCUUGCCAAGAUACCUGUACAUGCUACAGAAAACAAAUCCAGGAACAUUAAUAGACAUAGAGAAAGAUGAUGAUGACAGUUUCAAAUAUGCAUUUGUUGCAUUGAAUGCUGCUAUAAAAGGUUGGCCAAACUGCAAACCAAUCAUCGUGGUAGACGGUACAUUCCUAAAGGCCGCGUAUGGAGGCACGUUGCUCACUGCCAACACACAAGAUGCAGAAUCGAAAAUUUUUCCACUAGCAUACUGCAUAGUUGAUUCUGAGAACGAUAAAUCGUGGGAGUGGUUCUUAAAAAAAAUAAAAGAAGCAUUCGGGGUUCGAGAAUGUCAAUGCCUAAUAUCAGACAGACAUGAAAGCAUCAUCAAAGCAACUAGGAAAGUGUUCCCUGAAAUAACACAUGGCUACUGCAUCUUCCACCUCUUGUCGAACCUCAAAACAAAAUUAAAAAAAAAUGCAAAUCAUUUCAGAGUGCCAUUCUUUGCAGCUGCAAAAGCUUACACAGAAAUAGAGUUUGAAUUCCAUAUGAGGGAGCUAGACAACUUGGAUAAGCGCAUAAGACCGUACCUGGAAAAAAUUGGCCAUGAAAAAUGGUCAAGGUACUCUACCAUGACAUCAAACAUAGCUGAGGCACUGAACUCAGCAAAUUUAGCAGCAAGGGAAACACCAGUGACAACAUUAAUGGAGUGCUUGAGGGCACAAAUGCAAGAGUGGACAUACAAUAAUAGAAAGGAGGCACAAAAAUGCACAACAAGGCUGACACCAUCAUCUGAGAAAAAACUCAUAGGGAACUAUGUACAGUCAUUGCGACUAACAGUGAAACCAGCAAACCAAAACCUGUUUGAGGUGAUAGAUGAAGACAGAACAAGAAUAGUAAACUUGAAGGAGAAGACGUGCACAUGCAAUAGAUUUCAAAAAGAUGAAAUGCCAUGUAACCAUGCAGUCGCCGUCAUGAAGGACUUGAACAUAAACACAUACAACUACUGUGCACAAUACUACACAUCAAAAGCAUGGCUGCAAACAUAUGAAGAAACAGUAUACCCAGUUGGAAACGUAAGAGAAUGGGAACUUCCAGAAUUUUUUGAAGACAUCAUAGUGUUGCCUCCAAAGGAGAGAAUCAAGUCUGGAAGGCCGAGGAAAAGAAGAAUGGCAGCAGCUUGGGAAACAAAGAAACAAAACAAGUGUGGCAAGUGUGGACAAAAGGGACAUAACAAAAAGACCUGCAGAAGAAUUACAGCAUAG